GGCACGGCUCACAGACAUAACAUAAGCUACGUUCACAAACACUCUCGGAUUGGUAGUCACUCAGACAACUCGCCACUUCAAACUUAUCGUGGAUUCUGGUCAAAUUGCUCAUACCACACCAGUAACAGGCUUAUGUUUUUAAUAGUUUAAAUGUUCAGAAGCACUGCAUGGUUUACUGAUAGUAAAACUAGUGCCAGAAUGGUAGUGUCAGCGAAAGUCUUUCGCAGCCCGGUGGGGUGGGUGCUCGGAGCGUUGCUUUGCCUCCAGUUACACGCAGUACACUGCACAUGGCCAUGGCAUGACAGCACAACUUAUGCGCCGCAAGUGGGGUCAAUUCCACCAGACCCGUGUGUCUUUGGUUACUGUCAGAACGGUGGAGCUUGCCACAACGUACACGGGACUCCAGUGUGUUUCUGCCCGAGCUACUACGCUGGCCAAAACUGCCAAUACUACGAUGUCUGUACCAGUAACCCAUGUCUUAAUGAUGGCCACUGCUCUCUAAUUGAGUACACUAAUCCCCCAUCAUGGCGUUGUGGUUGCAGAGAGGGUUUUACUGGUUCAUCAUGCGAAACAGCGGCAACCACACAGUCAUAUUGUGCCGGUAUUUCUUGCUCAAAUGGAGGAACCUGUUACCAUGAUGACACUACAAUUGAAGGAAUUUACUGCCUUUGCACUGAACGAUUUCAUGGAACCUUCUGUGAGAAUGCCCAUCCGUGUAACAACAUCGUCUGUCUAAAUGGUGGUGUAUGUGAUGCUGACCAUGGUGACCCAGUCUGCCUCUGCCCUACAGGGUACUGGGGAACAAACUGUGAAGCCACUACUCCUGAUGACAUAUGCAGUUACUACAACCCCUGUCAGAACGGGGGCUCGUGCUACACCAACUUAGAAACUGUGUACUGCAUUUGCCAAGGAGAUUAUGUGGGUGACAGCUGCGAGACUUAUCAACCCAAUGAGCAACCAUGCGGUUCUAGGAAUCCAUGUCAAAAUGGUGCUACGUGUGUAAUACUCGCAGGUGAUGGGGGUGAUUCCAACUUGUUUUGUCAAUGCACUUACGGAUGGACUGGACCCAGCUGCACUAUUUCAUCUACUCCGUGUGGUUUAUACACCUGUUUAAAUGGUGGGAUAUGCCAUCAAUUAUACUAUGGAGUAACCACUUGUGAUUGCGUUCCAGGAUGGACUGGUCUGGAUUGUUCACAACCUGAUGCUGACACCGGUGCUUGUGCCACAAUGGACUGUAACAAUGGCCACUGUCAAGAAUUAUUAGGAUAUGGUUUUUGUAUCUGUGAUCAUGGAUGGCAGGGAGGGGACUGUGAAACAGUUUUUUCAGACUCUCAGGAUCCAUGUUCAUCAUCUCCAUGCAGAAACUAUGGGUCUUGUAUUAGUGUCAUCAAUACAUACUUCUGUUUCUGUCUCCCUGGUUUCCAUGGUGAUAACUGUGCCCUUGAAACGGCCACAUCGUGUACGAGUUACAUCUGCCAAAAUGGCGGCAACUGUACAGAGAUAUUGGGUGAACCGUACUGUUACUGUGCUCCUGGAUGGUAUGGGCUCAACUGUGAGAUCGCGGAUCCACUCGAUCCCUGCUUACUGGACCAUCCAUGUCAGAAUGGAGGGUCGUGUGAGUCACUGAACGGUUUAGUCAUUUGUACCUGCCAGGGUAACUUUUUUGGUGAGCACUGCGAAAAUGAAUUUCCAGCAAGUCAUGUAUGCGAAAUUUGGUAUCUGAACCCUUGCGAAAAUGGGGCAACUUGUGAUCGGCUUGAUGAUGGUGGUUACUUAUGCAUUUGCAGCCCAGAUUGGUAUGGCAUUAACUGUACACAAUCCUUUUCCCCCUGUGGAUCAGCACCAUGUUUAAACAGUGGUCAAUGCUUCUGGAGUCACACCGAUGUCUACGAGUGUCAGUGCCCAUAUGGUUAUUUUGGAGAUCAGUGUGAAAAUACAAUCAACGCUUGUGACAGUGAACCUUGUCAGAAUGAUGGGAUCUGCUUAUCCUACACUAAUUCUUCAUUUUUCUGUAUUUGUGCAACUGGCUGGAGUGGCUUGACAUGUGAAAGUGCAACUGGUGACGCAUGUGAUUCGCCAGGCUUCACUUGUUACAACGGGGGUACAUGUAAAUCCCUUUAUGGUUUGACGUGUGUAUGUGCUGAUGGCUGGUCAGGACCUCAGUGUGAAACACCGAUUGAGACGGCUUCAUGUGAUUCUUGGCACUGUUUUAACGGCGGAUCGUGUUUUUUGAGCUUCGGUAGAGCUUACUGCGUAUGUUAUGAUUAUGACUACACUGGAGAGCAUUGUGAAACAGAAAUAUCGGACCCAUGUGACAACACACAGUGUUUGAAUGGAGGCUAUUGUAUAUCCUACUAUGGGUCGGAAACGAGUUGCAUUUGUCCUGACAGUUGGAUUGGAUUGAGAUGUGAAACAGAAGUUACUGAUCUAUGUGAUAGUUUCAAUUGCAAUGAUGGAUAUUGUUACACCUACUACGAUGGUUCUCCACAUUGUUCUUGUAAUUAUGGAUCGACGGGAGUUCACUGUGAAACGGAAGUAAGCGAUCCUUGUGAUGAUCUCGAUUGUCAGCAUGGGGGUUAUUGUUUUAGUGAUUACUACUUCUAUGGUGGCUAUGGUGAGGCAUUCUGUACUUGUUUGCCUGGCUUCACUGGUGUCGAAUGCGAAACAGAACUGGAGGAUGCAUGUGCUUCAAACCCCUGCAUGAAUGGUGGUUCUUGCUAUGACAACUAUAGGUAUUCAUAUUACUGUAUUUGCGAUUCAGACUGGUUUGGGCAGUUCUGUGAACAUCAAAAUGAAUGUAGCUCAUCUCCAUGUCUUAAUGGCGGGUAUUGUUACCCAAAUUUUGAUACUGGAGCGGCUGAAUGUAGUUGUCAACCAGCUUUUGCCGGUCGCAGAUGCGAAACAACCAUUGAUUGCUCUGGUGUAACAUGUUUGAAUGGCGGAACAUGCUUAUCCGAUGGAAGUGGCGGGGCAAGAUGUAUCUGCGGAAGUGACUUCAUUGGUGUAAACUGUGAGACACCGAAUCUCUGUCAGUCAAAUCCGUGUCUUAACGGAGGUGUUUGUCAAUCUGACCAGGCGUCAUUCAGAUGCACUUGCUUGGCCAAUUAUUUUGGCCCAACAUGUGAAACACAGAGUGGCUGUAUGUCAAACCCAUGUCUCAAUAGUGGAGGUUGUUCCCCCAAUAGUAUUACUGGAGAGGCUGAAUGCGCAUGCCUACCAGCUUUUGUUGGUGUCAGAUGCGAAACUCACAUUGAUUGCUCUGGUGUAACAUGUUUGAAUGGCGGCACAUGCAUAGCCUUUGGAGGUGGCAGGACAAAAUGUACAUGUCCCAAGGAAUUCACUGGUAGAAACUGUGAAACAGCAAACCUCUGUCUGACAAAUCCAUGCCUUAACGGAGGUGCAUGUCGAGUUGAGUCUGCAGUUGUUAAAUGCACUUGCCUGCCCAGUUACUCUGGCUCAACAUGUGAAACACAUGUCAGUUGUGCUGAUGUAGCUUGCCUUAACGGUGGUACCUGCUAUCCAAUAGGGAAUGGCAAAACCAAAUGCAAAUGCAUAACAGGUUACACUGGUGAUAACUGCGAGGGAGGAAAUGAUGUCGAUGGACCUGGUACAAAAGGUGCUCAAUCCACAGGACUGGUUGUUGGAUUACCACUUGGAAUUAUUCUUCUCGUUGUAAUUAUUCUGAUCGUGGCCGUCAUCAUGUUCAAGGUCAUCCGAAAACGAAGACCUCGAAACCAGCCUGGGCAGCAGGACGGUGGUGUGCCCACUCCUGAUCACAUCUACAACUCUCGCUUCUCCACUGCUGGUCUAGCGUACAACGCUAAUUAUGACACCGUUCAGGGAGUGCCAACCGGGGGUGCAGAGGGGGGUGUGAAGCAGGAGCGACCCAAAAGUGAGAACCCCUAUGCCACUCCCAAUGACAUGGCUUUCAGCCAGCUGCAAAGCAAGGGAGACAAAGCUGGGUAUGACAACCCGGCUUACAUGGGUGCAAAUCCACCACCUGCUUACUCCAUUCGCCCACUUUCUACAUCAUCUGAUGUGUAUCUGCAGCCGGACACUAAUACACUCCUGAAGUAAAUUCUGUUCACGAAAUGAUUGCAGAGUUUGAAGUUAUGCAACUGAAGAUGAACAUAUGGAUUUUAUUAGUUCAACAUUUUGGUAUAACAGUUUCAGAAUUGUUUUAACCUUUAAAUUAGUUUAAUUUUGAGUUCUUAUCAGCUGUAGAUAUUUCCCUAUUAGAUGAUGCUGUUUUUAAAUCCUGCAUCAAAUGUUAUGGGUUUUUAAAGCCUUUUUUUAAGCAAACAAUUUUUCUCACGUGAGUUUGCAUUAAAUUUGCAUCAAAUUUGUUUAAUGGGCUCGCAUAUACAUUUUUUUAAUUUUUUUACUUUAUUUUUUAAUUCACGUAAAUAUAUACAUAUAUGUAUCUGUAUUGUUCUUUUGAGUAUGGUUGCUGGCUCAAUCUGCUAAAACAUUCAGUUUGAGUGUUUUAUUUUUAAAUUUGGAUUGCUCAAUAUAUAGAACACUGUUUAUACACUGUACUUAGUUUGUUCAAUUGUGUAUGCCUAGUAAACAGAUAAAACCUGAUUAGCUUAUGUGCGAUUUUGUAAUAGAAUAUUUUCAAAGCAGUGUGGUCAGAAUUCACUAGGGAGGUGCUUAUAGAGGGACAGGCCUAUUUUUACAUCACAUGGCCGCGUGGAAACUUUUGGGGGUGUCGCGAAAUGCACAACUAUUAAAAUGAGAGUGAGUAAGCAUCUCUCAAAAGUUACAAGCUUAACAAAAAAAAUGUUGAUAUGUCUACUGCUAGACUUAAACUACAUGUAUUUGAUACUCAAUGAAUGAUAUUCAAGAGAACUGUUUUAAGAAAGACUUGGCCUCAGUUGUAGCAAUUAAAUUUCUAGAUCAAUAGUUUUUGUAGUCCUCUAGAUCAAUAAUGUUUUAAUAUUGUAACAUAAAGCUUGCAUUUAGUACAUUCUAUACACAGAGAAGCAAAAAAGCUCGAUAUUGAAUUUAAUAAAUCCAAUUGCGAGUUGUAUUUUUAUAUUUCAUAA